AACUUUGUUCUGGCUUGGAGUUGGCCUUCGGGGCUACUUGGGUCCAGUCCAGCCGGCGGCCUUUCACCUACCCGUCGGCUCCCCCGUUUGGCGUGGUCCAGAGGGCCGGUUGGAGCCGGCGGUGGGGGGAGCUUGCGCACAUGGCUCAGGAGGCUCGAGUUGCCCUUUCGGGGCGGCUGCCAGGCUCUAAAGUUCCCAAGUGACCACACGAGUAACUAAAUAUAGGAGCAGCUGGUGCGGACGGGGUGUCGGAGCAGCUCCUUUGCACAGAUCUCCGGGCUCCAGAUAAGGUGCAGAUCCCCUUGUGAGCAGCAGACCGGCCUGGUGGCUGGCAGCAAGACACCUCGUCUGCAUGCUGAAGAAGAUGGGUGAGGCCGUGGCCAGAGUUGCGAGGAAGGUCAACGAGACAGUGGAGAGCGGCUCGGACACCCUGGAUCUCGCUGAGUGUAAGCUGGUUUCCUUCCCCAUCGGCAUCUACAAGGUCCUGCGGAACGUCACCGACCAGAUCCACCUCAUCACACUGGCCAACAACGAGCUCAAGUCCCUCACCAGCAAGUUCAUGACCACAUUCUGUCAGCUCCGAGAGCUCCGCUUGGAAGGAAACUUCCUGCACCGUCUCCCCAAUGAGGUCAGCACCCUGCAGCACCUCAAGGCCAUCGACCUGUCCCGGAACCAGUUCCACGACUUCCCCGAGCAGCUCACCACCCUGCCUGCCCUGGAGACCAUCAAUCUGGAGGAGAACGAGAUCGUGGAUGUGCCCGUGGAGAAGCUGGCCGCCAUGCCCGCCUUGCGCAGCAUCAACCUCCGUUUCAACCCGCUGAAUGCCGAGGUGCGCGUCAUUGCGCCACCGCUCAUCAAGUUUGACAUGCUCAUGUCUCCAGAGGGCGCUCGGGCACCCCCACCGUAGGCCUGUCUCCUCCUGCCCACCCACCAAGGGACAGAGGCCACCUGGCCUGACACCCUGAGGGGAGGGUGUCCCUAGGCCCAUGGGAGGCCAAGCUUGGGGGACUGGGGGUGGGUGGGCGGAACAGUGCGUGGUGGGGGGGUGCGGCCAGUCCAGGAUAGACAGCUUAGAGCAGUAGCAGGCCCUGGAAGGCCCAGAGAGAGGAGGCGCGGUGGGGGCUGGAGCCCAGACUCCAGGCACUCACAGCUUCCGUGCAAACUUGGGCAGACCCCCCACCCUCUCUGAGCCUUGUUAUUUGGGAAAAGGGGUGGGGGGGGGAACCUUUGCCUCCUUUGGGCUCCUUGGAGGCUUUUUAGGCAAAACAUGCCUCCAAGUUACCCUCCAAUCCUCGGGCACCUUCUGAGCCCACAGAUGAGCAUCGCGGAGCAUUUUCUGGGCGCCUGUGGGUUUGAGGCCUAGUUUCUAGUGCUGAGAGCCAGUCGCUGCCCUGAGAGGCAUAGAAGACAACCUCCAUCUAUUCAUUGCUUCCUGAGAACCAGCCUGGAUGAGGCCCUUCCCAGGGCCCUGUGGGUCUCUAGAUUGGUGGGAAAGCUGUGGAGAGUGUGGCCUGGCGCUGCAGCAGGCUGAGAACAUUUACAUAGGAGCCCAAGGCCCAGCAGGCCGAGAGACCAGGGAACACAUCAAGUCAGCUCUGUCCUUCCUCAUGAUGUCAGUGGGGUCAGAAGUUCUGAGUGCUCCUGGGGACGGACCAGGUGUGCCUGGCAUCAACCCUUGAGCCGCAGGAGAAGUGGCCGGAGAGAAACAAAGCCACGUGUGCCUGUGGCUCUGGUCUCGGGUGAUUGGGUGGCCACCGCCACCACACUCUCCUUCUGGCUGCCUUAUCAUUGGUCCAUCUCGGGACAGAAGGCACCACGGACCACGGAAUUUGUGAUCAGCCAGCUCCCAGGCCACCACCCAAAGCCCUGCUGACCUAGUCACUUCUAAGCCCUCAGCCUGGAGUCUAGGAUGUGACCAACCUUCCCUGUUUGCCCAGGACUGAGGGGUUCCCAGGACAUGGAACUUUCACUGCUAACACUGGGACAAUACCAGCAAACAGGGACAACUGGUCCCCCUGCCAGGUGGGGGCCUGGGGCUCUUGCUUUAUGACAACGUCUGUGGUUUGUAGAACCCUUGACCUCUUGAUCCCCAGGUAUCUACCCCCCACCUUCUGAUCUGUGGAGCAAGCAGGCUCAGAGUCCAGAGCCCAGCUUGUCUGGACCUUGGUCUUGAUCUAUGGGAGACACCUGAGGCCCCAUGACUUGGACAAGCCAGGCCACCCACAUCCUAUGUCCAUGGACUGGUAGCCACUCUUCUACUCCUAGGAUUAAGCUGUUCAGAGCUGAGAGCACUGGCCCUUUCUCAGAAUACUCCCAUUCCCUUUAUCCCAGUCCUGGGGCCUGCCCCUGCCCAGGCGUCCUGUCUCUUGGCAAGAAGCUGACAGCUUGGGACCAUUGUUGGUUCCUCACUGAGCACUUAGCGUUCCGAGAGAUGCUGUGUUCCCUCUGCUUAUCUCACAAGGCCUGGUUGGCCAAGCUCUGGGAAAGUGGUUCUCCAGGGCUGCAGAAUUCAGCUGUGGACACUGGGGACAAGUUGGGGCUGCAGUAGUCCAGGCUGGCCUUGCCCCACCCACCCUGUGUCCUGGAGUGCAGUUUCUCCUUGUGGAAGAAGGGGUGCACUUUUCUGAUACGCACAAAGGCAUUGUGUGGCCAGAGCCUUGCAACUCAAAGUGUGGUCUGUGGACCAGCAGUAUUGGCAUCCGUGGGAGCUUGUUAGAAAUGCAGAAUCCCAGGCCCCAUCGCAGACCUCCGGAAUCAGAACCUACAUUUCCAUGAGAUCCCAGGUGACUCCUGCAAGCACUUUACAGUUUGAGAGGCAAGGGCCAGGGGGCGACCCUGGGGAUGUCCUCAGAGUGGAGGGUGAAAGUUCUCAACUCUCCCCCUGCCAUCCCCAGGGCUCUGAGUCUGUGCUCCCCCUCCCUACACCAGCCCCCGGAAACCCUGGGCUUCUUAGAACUUUUCAGAGUCUUCAUGGCACUUCCAGCGAAGGGAGUGACCGGCGGUCCCCAGGAAAUGGGGGUCAGGUGUGCCUGGCCCUGUGGCCACUGCCUUUCUGGUUAACCUCUGCAUGCCAAGUUCCUGCUUCCCCAGGUCCUCACCUCAGGCCUUGGGAGGGGUUGCUUCUAGAAGCUGUUUUCUUUCUGCUUGGCCAGUUUGCCCUUGCCUCUCUGGGAAAGCUGGGGCAGUCAGAGAAGCCCCAAAUCAGAGCCCACCGUGUGAAUGAGCCCUUAGCUUCAGUCUGCAAUAAAGAGUGCACUGGUUUCCUCUGCCUGGUUGGCGACUGACUCAUUCUCACUGCACAGACCUCCCGUAGCCUGGGUGUCAACCCGCCCACCUGGGAAGAGGAGGGACUGCCCCUCUUGAAAGCGUGAGGUAAAGAAAGCCAUUCAAGGUGUUCCUCAGAAUAUUCACGGAUGGGCGCAGGCUGCAGCCACACAGGAUUGACAUGUGCCCUAACACAGUGCUGCUGCAGGGCAGCCGGACGUCAGCCCUGGGGGAGGCCCGGACACCUGGGAAAGGACAAAGGGACCCACUGUCCCCACAUUUUUCCUUUAUUGAUGGGAGAAAUUACACUCUUGGUGGUUCAUUCUGCAGGGUCUGUGCUUCCCAAAGAGGAGUCUCUGGACCAGCGGCAUCGACAUCACCAGGGAGCUAGUGAGACAUGCACAUUUCUGGCCCCACCCUGUAUCUAGAACGAGACACUCUAGGGGUGUGGCCCAGCACUGUUUUAACAAGCCCCCAGCUGUUCUGAUGCAAGUGAGAAACCGCUUCCGGGUACACACUUAAAGUCAAUCUUUGUUUUCUAAAUCAGAAAGGCCAACCUGAAUUUGCCUUGAGUUUUAGCCCAGACCCUGCAUUAUUUUUAUUUAACAAAUACAUACGGAGCUCACUGGGUACCAGGCAGUGUCUAAGCGUGUUAUAGAUGUUAACUCCUUUAAUCCCUGUGACGUCCUAGCCAGCUCUCUGAGUUGGACAAAUCCCUUUCUCCAGGCCCUGUUUCUGUCUGUAAGGUGAAGGGGCUGCACCGGGAGAUCCUCGAGGGCCUUUCUGGAACUCGCAUGGUCACUAUUUCUCCGAUUCGGGGGCCCUGCCAUAACUGUCCCCUGAGCCUGGACUCAGGCUGCUGCCCGCCCCCACCCAAAGGUCAGACGGAGGACUCCCAUCUGACUCUGUCUCUUCUUGUCGAAUGCUGACUCAAAUAUACCAUCAGAUCGCCCUAUUGGUCCGUCAGAACUGAGCCGACUGCUCGCCGAAGGGAGAGCUUUGCCCGAGUCUGAGGAGCGUGUCGGCGCCCGGAGGGCAGAGUCUUGGUGGAUUUCGGGUCUGGUUUCAGGUGGGGCUCUCAGUGCAAGGGAAGACACCUCGACUGGGACUGAGUGCAGAUCAUGAUAUAGUUUAGGAUCGGUGGACACAACAAGGGGUAUGUUGAGGGGAACGGUUGAUCUUAAGGUGUAAAUUCUCUUUUUAUGCUGUUUGCUGAAGAGUUGAGCAGUUUGGUGUUCCUUUAAAUGAUUCUUUUGGGAAUCUCCUAGAAUGAACAAUAAAAUGAUUUACAAUUUA